AUGGAUGGGCAAGGACUAUUAUCUCCACAAAGAAAUAAAUUAUUGGAAAAAACCAUCGAUGGUGCUUCACUUAUUUAUGAUUCAGUUGAAGCUCAUAAUUGUGAACAAUUGAAAAGAGUCAAAAAUGCAAUUAGGAAUAAUGUACCAGUGGACCAAACAGUUGACAAAGGAAAAUGGCUAAAUAUUCUAAAUACACUUAAUCAAAAUCCAAAUGUAGUGCAGAAUCCUAAAAUAAAUUAUCCUAACAUUUGGCAACCAUUUCCUUCUGACAAAGUACCUAAGAAUUUCACCUACGGAUCUAUGUACCAUUAUCUAGUGACAUCAUGCAUAGAUGACGACUAUGAUAACAGUGAUGUUGAAAAUGAAAACAAUAAUAAUCAAACUCCAAAGGCUGAUUAUAGUACGUCAAAACCGUUAAAACGAGGAAAAUUGUAUGUAGAAAGCGGCCACGUUUUUGAAAUUCUUGAAGGCGUAACAUCUGAUCAAAUGUUUUGCAUGAAGUGCAAAAUUCAAGCUUCGUAUAAGGCUAAAGAAAUUCAUCAAGUGUCAGUUAUGGUCAAUCCGUUAACUGCUCGAGUGAUUCAUGGUACAUGUGAUUGCAAAGCUUCUAGUAUGGGCCGUUGUUCUCAUGUAGCUGCCCUACUAUAUGUACUAUUGAAUUAUUUGGAUGAUUGUGACGAAGAUAAUGUUCCUUGUACAAGUAAACUAUGUAGCUGGAAUCAAGGUAGAAAGAAAAAAGAACCUCACAAAGCAGAUGAGCAGCAAUAUAAAAAUAAAAAUGACAUGAGUAAACGCAGGUCAUAUGAUCCUGGUCGAAGUUUAACAAGACCUAUAGACAAACAAAAAAUUAAUAAUUUUUUAUCAGAUUUACAAUUAAUAAAUGCUAGUCGAAAAGCUCCUUCAAUGUGGCAAUUAUUACUACAGCCGCAAUACGAGGAUUAUGUAUUAGAAAAACCAAGGAAAAGUCAUUUAAAGACAUUAGUUUAUCGUCUAACGACUAAUGUGUGCAAUAAUAUAACUGGGCCUGUAGAUAUAACUGAAGGAGCUCAAAGUAAUGAUAAUAAAUGGUGGCAAUACCGUAAAAUAUUGAUAACAGCUUCUAAAAUUAAAGUAUUUAAGACUGAGAAAACGAAUGACCAAAUUUUUGCUCUAGUCAAAUCUCAAUUGUGGGUUGAGCAAAAUAUAACCACUGAGGCAAUGCAAUAUGGUCGAGCGAAUGAAGACAUUGCGCGUAAAAAAUAUGAAGACUUUACUUCUAAACAAUUUUCUUACGAAGUAAAGAGUAGUGGCUUGUGGGUGAAUUCCAAGUAUCCAGGAUUAGGCGCAUCGCCAGAUGGCUUAAUUUCAGAUCCAUUGAAAAAUACAACCGGAGUGUUAGAAAUAAAGUGUCCAAAAAUUUUGGAAAAAUAUUAUCCGACUGAUUUACAUCUUCUUACACCUCAACAGCGUACUUCAUUUUGUUGUACUCCCAUUACUCGAACUUCUAUGAAGUUAAAACGAAGUCACGCAUAUUACUACCAAAUACAAACUCAAAUGGCAAUAACUGAGAGAUUGUGGUGUGACUUUGUUAUUUGGAGCCCAAAGGGUUUCCAUAUUGAGAAGAUUUAUUAUGAUGGCAAUUUCAUAGAACCUGUACUGAAGCAUGUUAGUGCGUUUCAUCAAAAUAUUUUGGCUCCCGAGUAUUUUGAAAUGAGAAUUCCCCGCUGUUUAAUACCUUUUGAUUUAUCUAAGUGA